CCGGAAGUCUUUGUUGAACCGGACGUUGUAAAUCCUCAAUGUGACUUACGGUGGUCAACACUGUAAUGAUUUACACUGUGUGACUGUAGCAGGUUAGAGUCUGCAAAAUGUUUCUUACCACAGUAAAUUUGGCCAAGGCAAAAUCGAAGACCGUCCUGGUGCAGAUGAUGAGCGCAGCAGGCACAGGUUACUGCUUCAACACCAAGAGGAACCGUCUCCGAGACAAGAUGGUGCUGCGCAAACACGAUCCCAUCGUGAACAAGCAUGUCCUUUUCAUUGAGAAGAGGAAAAUCAGAUCAAUUUAACAGUGAAGAAAAAUAAAUGGACAACAUAAACCUUCAAGGUUUAAACAGACAAUUUCUAUUGUCUUGGAUGAUGAUGGAUGUGUGAAAAUGUGUGGUUGGCUGGCCGACAUGAGUGCAGAGGGUUUCUUCUGCACCAAUUCAUCAUGAUGCAAACACAGGCGGAGCUUCAAAGUCUUCAUCCCCUCUAUCACCACUUCACACAAGAAUACUUUGUCUUUUCAGCAGAUUUAUUGUGUACAGAAAUGUAGCAAUGAUAAUGAUUCAGUCUUGUUUUGUAGAUCACAAAUAUUCCAACCAAGGAAAUGUUCUUGAACUACAACAAAUGAGAUCUAUUUGGAGUUGGUCAAUCAAUUACAUCCCAUAGAAGGAUUUUUUGUUAAGAUUCUUGUGAAUUAUUAAACUGUUUAAAAUGAUUGAGAUUAAAAGAAGUUGUGCAAAAAAU